AUGAAACCUGGGAAUGAUCAGGCCAUAUUCACUGUUGAAUGCUCCCACUCCUUCUACUUCAGCUGCAUCGCAAAUAGUGUUAAGCAUGGAAACUACCUCUGCCCUAUCUGCAGAUGCAAAUGGAAAGAGAUUCCUCCCAUGUCGUCCUUCAGUACUGAUACAACCAUUAACAAUGCAGGACGGACUCGUGUCUCUCUACUUGAAGAUCAACCAACGGUAUCUCUGCCCCUUCCUGAGCCCAUUCACUUCUCUGAUGAUGAACCUCUUCCCAACAUUACCGUGGAUCAUACCUCCUCCCCUUCCACCAUUCAUUCAGAGAGAAUAGUCUUGAGAGCUUUUUCAGAAUUUCCUAUUGUUGCUGCUUCUGAAGCUGUGUCAAGAUUUGUUGUUCUUGUUGGAGUAAGGGCACUUCCACUUGCUGAUGAUGCUAGGCACCGAGAGCGUGCGCCUAUCGACCUGGUCACAGUUCUAGAUGUUAGUGGCAACAUGGCUGGAUCAAAAUUGGCUCACUUGAAGCAAGCAGUUUGUUUUGUCAUAGAUAACUUGGGACCUUCUGGCCGUCUAGCUAUUGUUACCUUUUCAUUAGGAGCUCAAAGAAACUUCCCCUUGCAAAGGAUGAGAGAGCAGGGGCGUCGAGAGGCUGCACAAGCUAUCAAUUCCAUCUCAGCUAAUAGUGGAACAAAUAUCGUAGAAGGACUCAAGAAAGGAGUUCGAGUUCUUGAAGAAAGGCGUGAAAUGAAUCCAGUUGCUAGUAUUGUUCUCUUGUCAGAUGGGAGAGACACCUAUAAUGGAGAUAAUGCCAACCAACAUCAUAGUCCUCGGAAUCGUAGAUCCUCGAAUGCAACAUCAGGUCCAAAAUAUCUAAAUCUAUUGCCUUCUUCCAUUUGUCCUCGCAAUAGCGAAGCACUAGCAGCAGACCAACUGCCAACUUUUCAUGUACAUACAUUUGGGUUUGGUUUAGACCAUGAUUCUUCUGCUAUGCAUGCUAUCUCAGAUGCAUCAGGUGGUACAUUUUCAAUCAUUGAGAUAGUUGGUACUGUUCAAGAUGUCUUUUCAAUGUGUAUUGGUAGUCUCCGCAGUGUUGUAGCUCAGAAAUUAAAACUUACUGUGAGGUCAGCAUCACGUGGAGUGAACUUUCUGAACAAGGAAAGCGAGGUCUAA